CAGAGAGGGUUGGCUCACCCCUUCUCCUCUCCUCCCUUCUUUCUCUCUCAAGCCCACAUACGCACUCUCUCCAACUCUCCAAAGCAACAGGCGAGAAGAAGAAGAAGAAGAAGAAGGAAGAGCGACAAAGACGAGGGCAACUUCAGCAACUUUUGGAACGAGGGCAACGAGAAACUUCCAAAGAUGCCAGACGUGUGGGUUUUGCAAAUGGAUCACCUGAGAACGCGAGGGAAGUGAUUUUCUUUUUCCUUAAGGAGAAAACAGGAGAGAGGACGAGCUUUUUUUCCGCCGCAUGAUUCACGAAAAAAAAAAUAAUCUGCCUCUGUUAACAAAGCAGGCGCUUUAGAGCUGGAGCUGAACCCCUCAGCUUGUGAUUUAAUGUCCCCGGGUCUCUGUGGAGGGCAGUGAAGGAUGCCAGGAUGCCCUCUCUGAUCCCCCAUCUGCUUGUCAUCUGGCUGAGCGUCCACAGGCUGGCGUGGUGCACGGAGCGCUCCUCCACACGGGAGCGCUUCAAGGUGGUCAUCGCUCCGCUCAUCUGCAAGCGGAUCUGCCUGAAGGGACAGUGUCAGGAUACCUGCGAGCAGGGCAACAACACCACGCUGAUCGCGGAGAACGGGCAGGCGGCCGACACGCUCAUCGGCCAGGGCUUCAGGGUCGUUGUGUGUCCCCUGACGUGUAUGAAUGGAGGAGUAUGCAGCUCACGGAAGCACUGCUUGUGCCCUCCCGGCUUCACUGGUCGACUCUGCCAGUUUCCACUCCAGCAGCAAGCUCAGGCAGCACGAGGCAACAAGCAGCCUGUGUACCCCAUACACCUGAAGCCAGACAGCCAGAAACACAUUGAGCAGUCUGGGAUAGGGCGCACGCAACUGACGCAAACCCACUCUGUUUUCACCGUACCCCUUUCACACCACUCAUCGGAAGUGCAGAUUAAUGUACGCGUCCACCACACGCCGGACACCUCUGUGGUCAUUCACCCUCUGGACCAGUCGGAUGUCAAGCUUCCUCACAAGACAGGGCCGCGCCCGUUCACUCCGAGACACAAACCAAAGGGUCGCUGCUUCCAGGAGACCACUCCCAAACAAGCCUGCAACAGCACCCCGCUUCCUGUUCUGACCAAUCAGGAGGAUUGCUGUGGCAGUGUGGGGAAUUCGUGGGGACAACACAAGUGCUAUCAGUGCCCCAAGCUACCGAAUGCCUCAGUCAAACAGACUAUUGUGGAGGAAUACGGCUCCACCUGUCCACAAGGUUAUAAAAGAUUCAACAGCACUCACUGUCAAGACAUCAACGAGUGCUCCAUGCAGGGCGUCUGUCAGAACGGAGACUGUUUGAACACACUGGGCAGUUUUAAAUGUUCCUGUAAGUUUGGUUACACAUUGGAGAGGAACCGAUGCGUCGAAUCUCCAGCUGAGCACGGUCAGUGCUUCCGGAUAGCAUCUGAGACCAGGGGCUGUGAGCACCCGCUGUUGACCCAAAUCACCCAGGAGAUGUGCUGCUGCACGGUGGGCAAAGCUUGGGGCCGUAACUGUGAAAGAUGUCCUCAGGUGGGCACAGUGGCUUUCAGUAAGAUUUGCCCUGCUGGAAAAGGCUACUUUCUUCAAAAUAUCAGAGAGACCGUCGCCUUUCCCCCUAUCAUGUUUCAACCCAACACGCCCAUAGAAGAACCAGAGCGAACGGAAACGACCACAGUGCAGCAGGCUCCCACUAGCACCAGAAGUCCUCGUGUGCCCGUUGUUAAGCCCACCCCUCCAGCAAUCGUCCGAUUGACCCCAGGCAAUGACCCCUUCGAAACACAGACUAAAGUCUUCCCAGAGACAGAUGAAUGUGGGCUAAGCAGAAACAUUUGUGGUCAUGGAGAGUGUGAGAACAGCCCGAACGGCCACAUCUGUCACUGUUACCCCGGCUACCGUCUCAACCCGCAGAGGAACAUCUGUGAGGAUGAUAAUGAAUGUGAGUCAGAGCCGUGCGGCCAUGGCAGAGGCCACUGUGUCAACAUGGAAGGAUCGUACAAAUGUCUCUGUCGCCAGGGCUAUAAACACAUGGUGCAGCAUGGGAGACUUAAGUGCAUAGAUGUGAAUGAGUGCGUCAAGCAAGACAUCUGUGGUGUCGGAGGCCAGUGUGUGAACCUACCUGGUUCUUACAAAUGUGAAUGUCACAGCGGCUUUAGGAGCAAAUCACACCGUCAGCCAGGCUGUGAAGACAUAAAUGAGUGUUUGAAUCCUGAGACCUGUCCCAACAAACAAUGUAAGAACACACCAGGGUCCUAUGAGUGUGUUUCUUGCUUGCCUGGUUAUGAGGCUCAGUCUGGAAUCUGCCAUGACAUAAAUGAGUGUUUAAAUCCCGACACCUGUCCCAAUGAGCAAUGUGAGAACACACCAGGCUCUUAUGAGUGCGUGUCUUGCUUGCCUGGUCAUGAGGCCCAUGUUGGAAUAUGCUAUGACAUUAAUGAGUGUCAGAAGCCUGGCAUUUGUCCUAAUGGGCGCUGUGAGAACCUCCCUGGUACUUAUCGUUGCCUGUGCAACGACGGCUUCCUCCCUUCUGCAGACAGCAAAGGUUGCAGUGAUAUUGAUGAGUGUGAAGAUGCUGGGCUAUGUGCUUACGGCCGCUGCAUCAACACAGACGGCUCCUUCCGGUGCCAGUGCUACCCAGGAUACCAGCGCACGCAGGAGGGCAGCCACUGUGAAGAUAUCAAUGAGUGUGAGAGGCCAGUGAACUGUCUGAGGGGUCGUUGUAUUAACAGCAUGGGCUCAUACCACUGUGAAUGCCAGAAGGGAUACAAACUGGUCGGAGGCAGAGAGUGCCAAGACAUAGAUGAGUGUGCCAUAGACAGAAGUCUCUGCCAGCCCUACGGCUCCUGUGAGAACAGGCCAGGCUCAUACGUGUGCCACUGCAAUCACGGUUAUAUCCUCUCUGAGGACAAACGCAGCUGUGAGGCAGUUCGAAUUCUGACAGAUGAGAAGAAGGAGUGCUACCUGAACCUCGAUGACACGGUGUUCUGUGACAGCGUUCUUGCCACCAACGUCACCAAGCAGGAGUGCUGCUGCUCCAUCGGAGUUGGGUGGGGAGAUCACUGUGAAAUCUACCCCUGCCCUGUCUCCCACUCAGCCGAGUUCCACUUCCUUUGUCCAAAUGGCCAAGGUCUCUACUAUGAUGAGGGACUCCAGUACAGCCUGCCUGCCUACCAUGAUAUUGACGAGUGUUCUUUGUUUGCUAAUGAAAUCUGUAAGAAGGGUCGCUGUGAGAACACCCUGCCAGGCUAUGAGUGUUACUGCCAACGGGGCUUCUACUAUGACAGCAACCUUCUCGAAUGUAUCGAUGUGAACGAGUGCCACGAUGAGUCUCUGUGUACUAAUGGUCGGUGUGUCAACACCGAAGGGUCCUACUACUGCAACUGCCAUCGGCCCUGGACGCCAGACACCAACAAGAAGAAGUGUGUGAUGGCAACAGUAGCAGAUAAGAGUAAGUGUGAAGACCCAGAAAACUGUAAGAAUGGCCACUGUGUGGACAUCCCAGGGUCGUACUACUGCAUCUGCUCUCCACCUUGGACCUUGGCCACUGACCGUAACAGUUGUGUGACUCCUGAGGAGCAGGCAGAUGUGAAUGAGUGCCAGGACCCCUCGUACUGUAAGAAUGGGAGGUGUGAGAACACGCCCGGCUCCUUUCACUGUUUUUGCGAGCCUCCCCUCACCUUCAGUGCAGCGCUGAAACAGUGCGUCUAUGACGAUCGCACUGCGGCCCACAAGGACGUGUGUUUCGAGCGCGUUGACGAGGGACUGAUCUGCAGCAUGCCCACAGACCACAUUGUGACAUACUCGGAGUGCUGCUGUCACUACGGCCGUGGCUGGGGGCCCGAGUGCAACACCUGUCCACCCAGAAACUCAGAGAUGUUCAGUCGUCUAUGUGAGAUGCAUCUUGAGACAGAGUCCGAUGGAGAGCAGGACUUCCUAGCAGCUUUUGCCAACUACAACCCAGGUGACAGCUCAGAAGAGGAUUCGCAUGAAUGCAGUUGUCCAAAUGGCCGGUGUGUGCGUUCCUACCUGGGCACCAUGUGUGACUGUAACCCAGGCUUUAGGCUAGAUCACUCCCGCACCCGCUGUAUAGACAUCGAUGAGUGUGCAGAACCAGGCGCUCGCGUCAGCCCGUGCAAGAACGCUCGCUGCGUGAACACGCCCGGCUCAUACAAGUGCGCGUGCAAGAGCGGCUUUGUGGCCACGCGCAGGCCAAACGUUUGCAUCCGUCGCAGAACUCUGUAAACUCUGUUGGUCCCAAUCAGCGCAGUACACACAAAUACCCCACACAUGCUCCACAUACACAUCCCUCUCUCUCUCAUACACAGACAUGGACCUGUGUGCAUGCAGCCAACCCAAAAGCCUGUUCUCACCGGGAACCCCAAAUGAAAUGUACAAAGCAUGUCAAUGUCCCCCUCCACCCCCACCCCACCCUUUUCCCCAUUUCACUUUUACAAAGGAGAUGAGGAAUAUGUUUGUUUAUUUGUUUGUUAAACCUUUUUUUUGUAAUUAUUGUUUUAUAACUGUUUUUGUAGUUUAAAUUGUGCAUUUCUGUGAUUUUUAUAUGGUUCUUCUUGUUGCAUCAAUCUAUAUUUGAAUAUCUGAUCUCAAGCAGCCUUGUUAUAAUAUUAAUAAUAAUAAUAAUAAUAAUAAUAAUAAUGUGUUUCAAAGAUAUCUAUUGCCUUGCUGUUGUCUUCAACCCAUGCAAUAUCUACAUACUAUAGUAAGGCCAGGUGAACUUAACAUGCUACCGUAUAACCCUUUACAUUCCCAUUUAGUUCAUUCUGUUAUGUCUAACUGAACCACAUGUUGUUCAUUUUGUUUUAUUGUACAGUUUGUUCAGUGGAUUGGUCACUGUCCUAGCCCUGUUUAUUUGUUGCUGUAAAAUAUGAGAAACCUUUUUUUUUUUGUAUAAUUUGACAUGUGCACCUAAGUGGACUUAACCAAAAAAAAGAAAAAUGUUCAUGCACUUAGGGGUGAAUAUAGUGGGAAUAUUUGCCAAAAGAGCAUUUCUGAUCUGUCGUCAUAGUUGCUGCAUCAAAGUAUUUAGAAGAAUCCAGUUUUAAUUAAAAACAGAACAGCCACUCA